AUGGAUUCCAAAGGCAACGUCCGAAGCGGAAACAAACCCGACGCCAAGGCCGCCAGCUCCGGGAAGCCUGAAAAACCCAACCCUGGGCCUGCCACGAAUGCAGACAAGAAGGAGGCCCCCAAAGAGCAGCCUGCUCCUGCCACGGCCACCAAGAAGGCCGGAGGUGACGCCGCCAUCGCCAACAACCACAGCAACCUGAAACCCAGCCCUGCUGCCACGGAGACGCAGGAGGCCAGCGGCCAGUCCCCUGACUCUGACCACAAGGGAAACAGCUCCGAGGAGUCACCGGGCAGCUUCUUCGACAACAUGAAGCCCUUGAUCAUCGUCGGAGGAGUGGCGGUGGCUGCGCUGGCUGUGAUUGUGGGAGUGGCAUUCCUAGCCCGGAAAAAAUGA